AUGGCCACCAUAAUUGAAAGUACCGUGACUACGGUAGCGGAAAAUUUGCCAAAAAGUUUUACCUUUAGUACGAUCGAUUAUAUAGUAUUCGUAUUGAUGUUAUCAAUAUCGGCAGGCAUUGGUGUGUAUUUUGGUUUUUUUUCGAAAUCAAAAAAUACCACAGACGAAUAUUUAAUGGGCAGUAAACAAAUGAAAACCAUACCCAUUGCCAUAUCCUUAAUAGCAAGCCAACUAUCGUGCACUGCAAUUAUGUCAGUGCCGGCGGAAAAUUAUGCUUUUGGAUUUACUUACGUUUUCACGAUAGUGUCUAUAAUCCUAGUGAUUCCAAUUCUAAAUUAUGUUAUUGUUCCAGUAUUCUACAACAAUAAUAUAUCGAAUUGUUACGAGUAUUUAGAAAUGCGCUUUAAUAAACGGACACGUCAAUUGGCGACAGCGUCUUUUGUUCUGAAUGCUUGCCUCAUGUUACCAGUCUAUAUAUUUGUGCCAUCUUUGGCAUUCUCACAAGUGACGGGCAUAAAUAUUCAUUUAAUAAAUACCGUGAUAUGUUCGAUUUGUAUUUUCUAUACCAUGUUGGGUGGUAUUAAAGCUGUUGUAUGGACUGAUGUAGUACAGGCUGGUAUUAUGAUUUCUUCGGUGGUUUUGGUGGGGGUUUUAGGCACUCUAAAAGUGGGCGGCCUAAGCAAAGUUCUGGAAUAUGCUGAAGAGGGAGGACGUCUUGAUUUCAAUUUUUCAAUGGAUCCUCGUGUACGUUCGACAUUUUGGAAUCUAUUUAGUGGCGGCCUAUUAUUAUGGGUGGGUCAUAUUGGUUUAAAUCAAAGUUGUGUGCAACGCAUUGUCUCUAUGCCUUCACUGGAUCAUGCUAGGAAAGCUUUAACAAUAGUCGGCGUUGGCAUUUUAUUGAUGUUGGGCUUCAAUGCGUUUAUUGGAAUUGUGAUGUUUGCUCGUUACUUUGGAUGCGAUCCCAUUUUAGGUGGUAUUGUUGAGAAAGCUGACAAGAUGAUGCCGUUCUUUGUGCAAGACGUUAUGGGCCAUUUGCAGGGCAUGCCUGGUAUUUUCAUUUCAUGUGUUUUCAGUGCUGCCUUAAGUACCAUGUCGGCCAUGUUGAAUUCGGUAGCAGGUGUCGUCUAUUUUGACUAUAUAAAGCCCUUCAUUAAGCAUACGGAUGCCCGGGCAAAUGGUAUAAUUAAGAUGUGUGUGGUUGCCAUGGGCUGUUAUUGUAUUGUGGGCGGUUUUAUAGUUCAAAGAUUCACCUCAAUUUUGCAAACAAUCAUCACAAUAACGGGUAUAAGUACAGGUGCCGUAGUGGGAGUAUUUCUGUUGGGCAUGUUUGUACCCAGAGUCAAUAGCAAAGUGGCUUUCAUUUCGAUCGCUUUUAGUGUUGGCGCCAUGCUAUGGAUUAUUAUAAAUGCUCAAGUGCGCUUUAAGGCAGGCUACAUAAAAUAUGAAGCCCUGCCGACAUCAUUACAUCGAUGUGAGUCUCUGAAUUUUCCUGGAAUGCUGCAAAAUAUUACCAGCGUUCCCUUAUCAUUAACAAAUACCAGUGAAAAGCCUCUUGUUUCUGGUACAUUAGGUAGCAAUCGUAACUUUUCCAUUUACGAAGUAUCCUUCUAUUGGUAUAAAUUAAUGGGUGCCUUUUUUGUAUGGCUUGCGGCCAUACCAUUAAGUUAUAUUUGGAAACGUGAUAAGGAGGAUAAAAUGAAUCCCAAACUCUAUUCACCAUUUGUUAAGAGAUUCCUAAAUCAACCAUCGGACCAAGAGGAAGAAGAAGUACAUUUAAGGACUCCACAACCUACGUUGCUUGAAGAACAUGCCACAAUUCAAAUAUCGCAAAAGGAAAGUGGAAAUGAAAGUGGAAUAUGA